AUGAGCCUCGCCAGCAUAGAUCUCAGUUGCCCCUUCACCCGCUCCUUCCACAGAUUCAACGAGCUCCCGCCGGAAAUCCGCAUUCGCAUCUGGCGUCUGGCGGUGCCCCGGCCUGCCGUGAUCGAACGCGCCAUGAACUAUAGCCUCAUGGAGCACACCCUUCACCGCCAAGCGCCGAUACCCGCGGUUUUGCAGGUUUGCCGAGAAUCUCGUGCGGAGCUACUCUAUGAGAGGGAGCACCGCCGGGGUAGAACGCAAGAACAGUUUGAGCUGGUGCACUCGUCAGGCGCAAGCGGAAGGGGGGCGUAUGUCAAUUGCGAAAAGGAUACGCUCUAUAUCUAUAGAGCUCCUCCCCGCGCCACCAUGCCAGACGCAGCAAACUUUGCCAACAUCCAGCACCUCGCCAUGGACUGGGGUCUCCGUCCGUGCUGGGUUCAGGGGCAGUGUCUAGUUGGCAUCCACUUUAUACGGCAGUUUCCCUCUCUCAAGACGCUCACUCUCCUCGUGACGUUCCACGUCCACGCAUUCGGCAGUUCCGAAGAUGGCGAGUUCGCCUCCAAAGUCAAGCAGCAAGAGCGGAUCCAGCGCCGCCGCGCGCUGUGCGAGAUCAAGUCCUGGGUUAUGGACGCGAUCAGAGAGACGAAGGAGUCCUUGCCAGAUUGGAAGGCACCCGAAGUGAGAGCCGUCCGGAAGACUGACUACUGGACUGGUGGCAAGACGAGCACCCCGCGCCCGAUUGUUUAG